AGGAAUACACUGUGUACCAACGAUAAUAGUUGUUGUGUUUUAAAACAAACCUUUUCAUAUUAUCGUAAGAGAGGACUAAUUCAACGAGGAAUAAUAAUAAUAAUAAAAAAAUCUGCUUUUAUUGAGUGAUUUGGAACUUUAAAAACUGUCAACUUUCGUCAGCUGGAGGUUUUUAGUUGGAGAAAAAGAUGUUGAAAGUUUACCUCAUGUUGGUUUUGUCAGCGGUGGCUGUCUUCGCAGAAUCGGUACGAGAAAUGGAAACAUGGGUACCUCUGGAAAAUAAGUUGUCCUUUGAUCUCAAUUCAUCCGGUGAUUCUAUAAACGGAGAUUUUGAGUUCGCUGACGUAAACCCAACAACUGACGAUGAGGAUGGUUUUGAAGAAGAUGAUGACAUGUCAGGCUCUGGGGAUGCAGCGUUCACCCCAGAUAAAGAGAAUGAGGUCAUCAAUAACUUGAUCCCUGAUCGUGAGCGUCCAGUUCCCCCAAAGCCCACUAUUAAUGAUGAAGUGCUGAUCAAGAACAAUGAGGUUGCACUGGGUAAACUACCACACCAAGAUGAUUCUCAAAGCAGUAAUGUGCACAUGUCGCAUGCUGGAGACGAGGGCUUCUUCAGUAAUACAGAGGUGCUUGCAGCGGUUAUUGCUGGCGCAGCAGUUGGUCUCAUCUUCGCCAUCUUCCUCAUCAUCCUCCUCGUCUACUUUGUUCUCCGCAUCAAGAAAAAGGACGAAGGAAGUUACGACCUUGGCAAGACACCCAUCUACAAGAAAGCGCCCACCACAGAAAUCUAUGCAUGAGCGUACAUACACACUUUCUCUCUCUUUCUAUCCACUGAACCAUAAGCUCACAAAGUGCCUCGGCCCAACGGGCCGCAGCCAGCCUCUCAUGAACCAUGACAAACACAGAAGGACCUCACAGGAAUAAUUACUGACUGGACAUUUGCAUUGAAAUCUCAAUGAAAUGUGACUCAUGAGAGGAUAGCGUCUGUUGCCAAAAAUGCUCCAUUCAAAAGAUGAUUUUGUCUUUUUGUUUUUGCUCCAUCUCAAUUUUCUUUGCCUGUAUCACGUGGCCCAUUGUGCCCAUUUAUUUUCAAAACACUACAAGGUGCAAUGGAGCUUUCACAGGUUAAAGUCUUUGGAUCACAAAUUGACAGUUUUAACCACCUGUAUCAGUGUCCUGAUUGGAGCUACAGAUGGGUGGUUUUGGUAGACUUUUUCAUUUUAAAAUGUCUUUUGUUUUUAAAGGUGUGCUGUUGAUCUUAUUAAAUAUCUAAGAUGAACCAAAUUGAGGGCAUACAGUAUAUAUUUGAAAUUAAAUUGUGUGUUUUGCUACGGAGAGCAACAUUUGAAAUCAGCGUGCUGUACUAAUGUAUACCUAUUUCGAUCAAUGUGUCGGAGGAUAAUGUACAUUCCACAUAUCCAAUGUAAUAGCUGUGGUGGUUUUAUAAAAGUGAUUUCAGAGACUAGGUCCACUACAGUGCUGCUUGACUGUCAGCUAAGCUACUUUAUCUGGUACAGGUUUUGCUGUUGAUUUGAAAAUCUGCUUGCCGCAAACGGAUAUUAAACAUCCAGUGAUCUGUGUGUAAAUAGCCAUUUGAAUGAAAUUUUAAAUUUUGGUACUUAACCGUUUCUUGAAAGCCUUUUUUUAUUUACCAAAUAUUUAAAUGCCAAAAUCCAAAGGUUUAAUUUUCUUAUAUUUCCUCCCAAUAUUCACUUUUUGAUGUAAAAGAUGUACGUGAAACUCUGUUGUAUCUGUUUGAGAACAAUGACCAAUGCUUAUACUAUCUUUUUGUCUCUUCAGUGUUUUUGUAGAUGUUCUUAAUUCUUUUAACGGUAUUUUAAAAAAUAAUUUAUAUUUUAUUGCCUGCCUUCAGGUUGGGGCUUUCUCCCCCUCUCAGCUGUGGUACAUGUGAUAAUUUUUAUGGUUUUUAGAUUUUGUUUUAUACACAAUAGUGCAAAAAUCCAAAGGCUGUUAGUGUAUCAAGAGAUUUUUUUUAAAGAGUUUCCUUUUAGACCUUUUUUUAAGUCUAAUCUAUUUAUGUUUUGUAGAAGGAUGUUCAGGAUUAGUUAACGGGAUGUGAAUAAGCCAUGCAUUACUUCCAUGGUGAAAAAUAAUACAAAUCUGCUGCUUUGUUUGGCCAUAUCCAGAUAAAUCAUAUCACUGAUGUAAUGGAGAAGUCAAUGAAUCAUUGAUUUCUACAUGCAAGCUCUGAUCUGUUGAAAAUAAAGCUAUUUUAUGCACAUAACCAU